GAGAGCUGGGAUGUGGGGGCGCCGGAAGCAGCGCCGCUCUCGCGAGACAAGGCGGAGCAGAGCCGGGAGGUCUUGUGCAGUGUGGAGGUCGUUGGAGUCACUUGUCUGCUGACAGCUCUUUCGCCCGCCUGUCCGCGCCCCGCCCGCCCCAGCCAUGCUUUCCGCCCUCGCCCGGCCUGCCGGCGCCGCUCUCCGCCGCAGCUUCAGCACCUCGGCCCAGAACAAUGCUAAAGUAGCCGUGCUGGGGGCUUCCGGAGGAAUUGGGCAGCCGCUUUCGCUUCUUCUGAAGAACAGCCCGCUGGUGAGCCGCCUGACCCUCUAUGAUAUCGCCCACACGCCCGGAGUGGCCGCCGACUUGAGCCACAUCGAGACCAGAGCGACCGUGAAAGGCUACCUUGGACCUGAGCAGCUGCCAGACUGCCUGAAGGGCUGCGAUGUGGUGGUCAUUCCAGCAGGAGUCCCAAGAAAACCAGGUAUGACCCGAGAUGAUUUGUUCAAUACCAAUGCCACGAUUGUGGCCACCCUGACCGCUGCCUGUGCCCAGCACUGCCCGGAAGCCAUGAUCUGCAUCAUCUCAAAUCCGGUUAACUCCACCAUCCCAAUCACAGCGGAAGUUUUCAAGAAACACGGAGUGUACAACCCCAAUAAAAUCUUCGGGGUGACAACCCUGGACAUUGUCCGAGCCAAUGCCUUUGUCGCAGAGCUGAAGGAUUUGGACCCCGCCCGAGUCAACGUGCCCGUCAUCGGUGGCCACGCUGGGAAAACUAUCAUCCCCCUGAUCUCUCAGUGCACCCCCAAGGUGGAAUUUCCCCAGGACCAGCUGACCACCCUCAUCGGUCGGAUCCAGGAAGCCGGCACAGAGGUGGUCAAGGCGAAGGCUGGAGCAGGCUCUGCCACCCUGUCCAUGGCAUACGCCGGAGCCCGCUUUGUCUUCUCCCUCGUGGAUGCGAUGAACGGAAAGGAAGGAGUCGUCGAGUGCUCCUUCGUUAAGUCCCAAGAGACGGACUGUCCGUAUUUCUCCACACCGUUGCUGCUGGGGAAAAAGGGCAUCGAGAAGAAUCUAGGCAUCGGCAAGGUCUCCCCUUUUGAAGAGAAGAUGAUUGCUGAGGCCAUUCCUGAGCUGAAAGCCUCCAUCAAGAAAGGAGAGGAGUUUGUCAAGAACAUGAAAUGAGAAGGCGCUUAGUGAGCAGUCGGUCUCCUUAACUUAUUAAGGCAUCAUGUCACUGUAAAGCUGUUGCAGAUACUUUUGUUGUUUCAAUUUGCUUGGUUGAGGAAGAUUGUAUUAACGAACCACCCCUUCCCAAUCUCGGUCAGUCUGUCGGUGCAUCAAUAAAAGCAGGCUUUGAUUUUC